GAAAUGCGUGUCCCCCCGCUGCGGCUCCGGGAGGCGCGGUGGAGACGGGGCUGGCAGUGCCCGGCCGCAGCGCCAGGAGGAGCUGCCGAAGCUGCUCCCGCCUGGCCGGGACGCUCCUCCCGGGCAGGCCCGGCCCCGCGGCGGGCACGGCGGGCUCUGGUGCCGUCCCUCUGCGAUCGUCGCCCCAGCACGGCCGCUGAACCGGCUGCGCCCCAGGCCCGCCUGCCGGCCCCGCGCAGCCCGGAGGCGCAGCCCGCCCCGGCCCUGCCCGGCGGGCGGGAGCAUGGAGCGGUGCGGCGACCGGCAGCAGGAUGUGAGAUACAGUGUUUCUGAGCUAAGGGAGUGGAGACCAGUCAUUUACAGAAAGUGCACAGACACUCCUUGGUUGCUCCUCUUCUUUCUUUUCUGGGCUGGUUUGAUGUUUAUAACUGGCUAUGCUGUGAUGGCUGGUGCUGCAGAAAGGCUUGUGCUUGGAUAUGACAGCUUUGGGAAUAUAUGUGGUAGGAAGAAUACUCCUGUAAAAGGGGCACCCUUUUCUGGACAGGACAUGAGUAAUAAAAAGUAUGUGUUCUUUCUGAAUUCGUGCAGCCUGGAAACGCAAAGCCUCAAAAUCAGUUCAGUUUCCUUGUGUGUGUCUAGUUGUCCACAGGAGCAACUCAACUCUUUGGAAGACCUCCAGAGUUUUGCAAGGAAUAAUGGUUCUUGUCUUUGCAUUUACAACCUGAACAUUUCCAGUUACACACUAAAUCCAAAGGCAGCCGAGCUGUGUCCCACACUGCCAGUUCCACCAAGUAAAUCUUUUCCAUUAUUUAAUCGAUGUGUUCCACAAAAUUCUGAAUGCUAUUCCAAAUACGCAUCUGUCUUAAUAAGUAUGGUUAAUGAAAUGGAUGUUUUUCACCGAAUUCUGAGUGGAAUAUUGGCAGGAAGACAUACUGUGAUAGGACUGAGUUUCCUUGCACUAGCCUUCUCUUUUAUACUCGUUUUAGUCUUCAGAUUCAUUCGAAAUCUUCUGGUCCAUACUUUGAUUGCACUGGUUGUAUUUGGGUUGUUGUUUGUCUCAGGUGUCCUCUGGUGGCUGUAUUAUGACUACAGGAACGAUCCCAGCACUGAACUUGAAACAGAAAAGGAAAAUGUAAAGUUUCUACUUGGAUAUGCUAUCUUCUCAACCAUAGUUACUGUUGUUUUGCUUUCUCUUAUACUUGUACUAAGAAAGAGGCUUCAGUUCACUGUACAGCUGUUCCGGAUUGUUGGUAAAAUCAUAGGCAGAAUUUCUUUCCUCCUGUUCCAACCACUCUGGACCUUUCUGAUUCUUAUUGUGUUCUGGAUAUUUUGGGUUGCUGUACUACUCAGCUUAGGAACUGCAGGUACUGCGCAGGCUACUUCAGGAGGACACGUAGAAUACAGAGCUCUGUCUGGAAUUUCCUACAUGGCAUGGUAUCAUUUCAUUGGCCUCAUCUGGACUAGUGAAUUCAUUCUUGCCUGUCAGCAAAUAACAAUUGCAGGGGCAGUGGUUACAUGUUACUUCAACAGAAAUAAAAAAAGCCCACCACGUCAUCCAGUCCUGUCUUCCAUAUCAGUUCUUUUCUGCUAUCAUCUAGGAACUGCUGUGAAAGGCUCAUUUCUAAUCACAAUGCUGAGAAUACCAAGGAUUGUUCUCUCUUACCUUUAUAAUAUCCUAAACCAAAAGGAGAGUACAUGUGCAAAAUGCCUGUUCAAGUGCUGUUUCUGCUGGUUUUGGUGCCAUGAAAAUUGCUUAAGAUACUUUAAACAGCAUGCAUACAUAACAACAGUCAUAAAUGGGACAAAUUUUUGUACAUCAGCAAAAGAUGCUGUCUUUAUUUUGUCAAAGAAUUCUGCUCGACUUGCAUCCAUUAGCUGUUUUGGAGAUUUCAUCCUAUUUCUAGGAAAGGUGUUUGUUGUAUGUUUUACUGUUUUUGGAGGCUUGAUGGCUUUUAACUACCAUCGGGAGUUGCAAACUUGGGUAGUUCCUCUGUUGCUUGUUGGAUUUUUUGCCUACCUUAUGUCCCACUGCUUUCUGUCUGUGUUUGAAGUGACAGCGGAUGCCAUGUUCCUUUGCUUUGCUAUCGAUAUGGAAACAAAUGAUGGAUCUUCAGAGAAGCCAUACUUCGUGGAUCAGGAACUGCUGACUUUUGUGAGUCAGAGUAACAAGUUAACAGAUGGGCAAAAACACAGAAGCACGAGAUCUUUCCAGGACAAUGAAGAUGGGACAGAGCUCCAACCUAUGGAAACCCUCUGCUGGUGCACAAUGGACAGAGCGGAUCAUGUAUUUGUUCUCAUCCUUCUUUCCAUUCCCCAGUGUGCCCAGCAAAGGAGAAGAAAGAUCAGACAAUGGCAAAGGGGUGGGAGAUAAAGCCUACUCAGAUAGUUCUUCACAUGUCUGCUGCAGCAAAGUCAGAACAGUGGUAGGCUACUUGGUUCCACGCUGAAACUCCCACAGUUCCAGAGGUAUAAGAUCAGAGCUUAGAGGCGUCUCCACCCUUUUUAUAUUUUCUUUCUUCUUUUUUCUUUCUUCUUUUUCUUUCUUCGUUUUCCUUCUUCAUUUUCCUUUUUCAUUUUCCUUCUUUGUUUUCCUUCUUCGUUUUCUUUCUUCAUUUUCUUUCUUCUUUUUUUCCUUUUCCUUUCUUUCCUUUCUGUCUUUUCUAUCACUGCAUGUAUUUCUUUACUCUGUUUUAUGCUGGGGUAAAAAAAGCUGAGGUGUCAGAAGGGAGUGUUCCCCCACACCCAGGCUAGGAAAGUCCUGAGAAUAAAUGCUCACUGACAGCUGAAAAAAUAUUGCAAAUUGCCCAACCUGAGAAGCAAGUUCAGAAUCUGGGCUGAUUUUCCCCCAGCACCAGGGGGCAAGACAGGGCUGCCAGAAAAAUAUUCUGCAGCAACAGCUACUCUGGCACCUACUGCUGCUGCACACACUACUACUAGUGUCUUCUGUCCUCGGAGGACUUCUUACACCAGUGUAACAUAUGUCUGUGAUUCUUCUUGAUCUGCUUUCCAGAGAUACCAGACUCUAGUGAACUUCCAUGCAAUCUUGUGGGCUUUCUGCUAUAGGCAGUUGGGCUACAGAGCACUGCUUGUUUAUUGCUACAGUGAGGGAGUUGGGCUUGAUUUUUGUUCGUUUGUGUCUGUUAUUGAACUCAUUUUUUGCUGAGCACACAGGGUGGGAGCAUGGUGGUAGUGGUGGUGGGAGGUGUGUUAUUCCCUGUGAGAGGACUGUGGAUUUGAGACACAAAAGAAUCUUAAUUAUUUUCCCAGCUUCCUCUUAUGACAUUAAAAUGCAGUACCAGGACUAAGUGCUACACAUUAUUUGACUCCUUUUUUUUCCUCU